GAGAUGAUUCUCCAGAACACGUUUGUGAUUAUUACAUCCGUUAGAUGUUAUUGCAAAGGGAACUUCCACUACUUACUAAACAUUAUUUAUGUUCAACCAAUGUGUGUAAUGAAGACUGCUUAACCUUGCAGUGUAGUCUCUGUAAAUGGUGGUGAACUCUUCUGUGGAUGAUAAGGACUGACACAUCCAUGACUACUGGAAGUUUCUUCCUCAGCUGUCAGAUUUUUUCUCUUCUCAUUAUGGUUUUCUGCUAUAGAGGCGUUCUUACCAGACUGUUUAGGAGUGUAGAGCUCAAAAAUGGUUUCCUUCUUUGUAAAGAUGUUCCACUUUUGUUUUUGUUUUGCCUAAGGUUUUAGCUGUUUCUACAUCUUUCAGCAUCAUAAAGGCUUUCUUGAAUUUCCCUGGAACCCCUUUUAUCUUCAUGUUCACAGACUCUGUGGGAGACCUCUACAGAUGGACAGGGCAGGACUGCUGGUAAAAGGAGUAGGCAGAUUCAAAUUCAUAUCCAGCCUUGACAAAAUGACUGUUGAAGGGGUGUGUAAAGAUGUCAGAUGAAGAAUUCCCACAAGAUGAUAAAUGCUUUGCUACGAAGAACAUGGAUAUUAAUCAAGUUUAUGCCAACAUAGGAGUCUUAAAUCCCAGAGAGAAGGAUGGAGUUGGUCAACAAUCAGUUCAUCCCUACAGAGUCACUACAGUGUGUCUGGGGCUGCUGUGUGUUCUACUACUGACUGGGAUCCUUGGACUGUUACUCUCACAAAGAAACCUACUGAACAGUUACAACAACCUGACUAAACAGAGAGAUCAGCUAAAGGAAAAGACAGAACUAUUGAAAAAUAUCAAAGAGGGAUUCUGUCCUGAAGGAUGGAACAAGUUUGAAACCAGCUGUUACUACAACACAACUUUGAAGAAAACCUGGGAGGACAGUAGACAGGACUGCAUUGAUAGAGGAGCAGACCUGGUGAUCAUCAACAGCAGGGAGGAACAGUCAUUCAUCAAUCGGUUAUACAAACCGAAUAAACAUGUCUGGAUUGGUCUGACUGACUCUGACACUGAGGGGACCUGGAUUUGGGUGGAUGGCUCUCCACUGACCACCAAGUUUUGGGAUACAAAACAGCCAAACAGCUAUGAAGGAAAAGAGCAGGACUGUGUGGAGGUUAACCACAAAUCAUCAGACCCAGGGGUGUGGAAUGAUGAGGGAUGUCAAAACAGAAACAACUGGAUCUGUGAAAUAUAGGACUCUCACAGGAACAAUCUGCUUGGAAAAUUAUAUUAGUCUGAGUGAACUAACAUACAUACACCUCUGGAAAAAAUUAAGAGACCACUGCAAAUUGAACGCUUCUGUUCCUCACUCAA